AUGGCCUUCGGAAAGCUCUACGGUCUUCCUGACAACCCUCGCACCAUCGCCAUCCUCGUCGCGGCCAAGGCCAACGACGUGGACUUGGAGUUGGUCAAGACUGAAGCUGAUGUUUCUGCUGCCUUCAACCAGUCGGCUGAGUUCACCAAGAUCAACCCCUUGGGCAAGAUCCCUGCUUUCGAGGGUGCCAAUGGCUAUACCCUUACCGAGGCCAUCGCCAUUGCUGUCUAUGUGACCUCCCAGAACGAGAAGACCACCCUCUUGGGUAAGACCAAGCAGGAUUAUGCUUCCAUCCUCCGCUGGUUGUCCUAUGCCAACUCGGAGCUUAUCCCCCGCUUCGGCGCCUGGUAUCGCCCUCUCUUGGGCAAGGAACCCUACAACAAGAAAAGUGUUGAGGAUGCCUCCAAGGCUGCCCUGAAGAACCUCUCUGUUCUCAAUACUCACCUCACUGCCAACACCUACCUCGUUGGGGAGCGUAUCACCCUGGCUGACAUCUUCGCUGCCGCUAUCCUCACUCGUGCCUUCGCCACUGUCUUGGACAAGACCUACCGCUCCGAGAACCCCGCCGUCACCAGAUGGUACCAGACCAUCCUCAACCAGCCUGCUUUCAAGGCCGUUGUGGAGAAGCCUAUCCUUGCUGACGAGGUCAUCAAAUAUACCCCUCCCAAGAAGGAGGAGAAGCCCAAGAAGGAAACUACCUCUUCCCCUGCCGCCGAGGAAGAGGCCCCAAAGAAGGCCAAGCACCCCCUUGAGGCUCUCGGCAAGCCCACUCUGGUCCUCGAUGACUGGAAGCGCUGCUACUCCAACGAGGACACCCGCCCCACUGCCCUCCCCUGGUUCUGGCAGAACUUCAAGGCUGAUGAAUACUCCUUGUGGCGCGUUGACUACAAGUAUGACAGCGAGCUCAAGCUGACCUUCAUGGCUAACAACCUGAUUGGUGGUUUCCACGCUCGUCUUGAGGGCUCUCGUAAGUACCUGUUCGGUGCUCAGUCCGUCUACGGUACCAACUACGACUGCGUCAUCCGUGGAGUUUUCAUGGUCCGUGGCCAAGAGAGCACCCCUGCUUUUGAAGUCGCCCCCGACUGGGAGAGCUACGACUUCGAGAAACUUGACCCCUCGAAGGAGGAGGACCGCAAGCUCGUUGAGGAUAUGUGGGCUUGGGAUACCCCUGUGACUGUCAACGGCAAGGAGUACCCUUGGACUGAUGGCCACGUCUUCAAAUAA